AUACAAUUCCGGUCCCAAAUCUCACGCGUUCUCUUUGAUGCAAUCCGCCGCUACCGUCGCUGCCUCAGCGCUCCGCCGCUCGUCAUAUUCUCUCCUCUCGAGCCAGUCUCCCGGCCGCGGCAUGAAAAGCGCGCUAAAGAAGUCGGCCGUGCUCUACCACUACCCGUGCCCGGACGGCGCCUUCGCGGCCCUCGCCGCCCAUCUCUACUUCUCCGCCACCUCCCUGCCGGUGCUCUUCUUCCCCAACGCCGUCUACGACCCCAUCAGGGCUAAUGAUCUUCCUCUAGAUGAAAUCAGUGAUGUCUACCUCUUGGAUUUUGUUGGACUCUCUGGCUUUGUUGCUGAAAUAUCUACAAAAGUUGAGAGUGUGACAAUCCUAGAUCAUCAUAAGACUGCAUUUGAAGACCUUUGUGGAAACGUAUUGACUGGCCAGAAUGUGACUAAGGUCAUUGAUAUGAAUCAGAGUGGUGCUACAAUUGCAUUUGACUUCUUCAGGGAGAAACUUUUAGCAUGUGAUGAUAUUUCAAAAGAUCCUGAAAUUCAGCAUCAUAUGAAGGGCAGACUUAACUUAGUAUCUGACAGCAAGAUUGAGAGAGUACAUAAGCUUUUCAAAUAUGUUGAGGAUGGAGAUCUUUGGAGGUGGGCACUUCCAUAUAGCAAAGCUUUUGCUAGUGGCUUAAAAGAUAUGAACAUAGAGUACAAUGUUAAUGUGAAUUCAGCUGUAUUUGACCAGUUACUAGCCUUGGACCCUGAGCAUGUCAUUGGUGUUGGCAAGCAAACUCUCACACAUAAGCAGAGAUUAAUCAAUGAAGUUCUUCAGCAGUCAUAUAAAAUUCGACUAGGCAAUGGACUAUUUGGACAGUGCUUGGCUGGUAAUGCUGAUCACAUCUCAGACCUGCGGAGUGAACUAGGGAACCAGCUGGCUAUUAAGAGCCAAAAUCUAGGACUCAGGGGCAUUGGAGCUGUCGUGUACAAAGUGCCCGAACUUAACACCGACCAUAUGCUGAAAAUUAGCCUAAGAAGUGUGGACUCAGAAGACACGACACCAAUCUCAAAGAAUUAUGGAGGUGGUGGGCAUCAGAAUGCAAGUUCAUUUAUGUUAAAUUGCGCCGAAUUUGAGAAUUGGAAGCUACAAACCCAACCUUCAACUAACACAUCUGACUGAGCACAUUACCACAAAGUCAGCGAAUGCUUCAGUCUUCCCCCGGAUCCUUUCCUCUUCACCAUGAUAUCUCCAUUCUCCCAAUCCAGGUGAUUACUUGUGGAAAAGGUGACUGCGCCGUGAUCACUUGUGCACACCAACUAUCACGCCAAAAAUACAUCUUGAGAUCGAUUAGUGAUGUAUUUACAUGAGGGUAUUGUGGGUGUAUUAACUUCAAUACAGAUCUGAUUUGUGGAAUCCACAUGUGAGGUAUGCCCGGACAGCUACAUUUUCCUUUAUAAAUUAACAUUUCGUAGUUUAAAGAACAGUAAUAUAUUCACUGUAUGCUUAUUAAAGUUCAA